UGAAGUGCUGGAAAUGGCAUCUGAUUCCAUUUUCUUUCUAUACGAGCACCAUUUGUUUUCCACUCUAUAAACUAAUCUUCUUUGUUUAAUCCAAAUUCAGCAUCUUGUCUUCCAACUUCGGCUGGUUCAUAUGGAUCAGUCAAGCAGUAAGAAAAAAAUGAGUUUGAUGGUAGGACCAUGGGGAGGAAAUGGUGGAACUGCUUGGGACGAUGGAAUUUAUCACGGCGUAAGAGAAAUCACACUCGUUUACGAUCGCUGCAUCGACUCAAUCAAAGUGAUUUACGAUAAGAACGAUAAGCCUGUUGCGGUAGAGAAACACGGCGGUGUAGGAGGAAGCAAGACAGCUGAGAUUAAGCUGAAAUUCCCAGAAGAAUUCUUAGUCAGUGUAACUGGUCACUACUGUCCUGUGGUUCAUGGUGGUAGCCCUGUGAUUCGAUCGCUCACGUUUAAGAGUAACCAAAGAACAUUCGGUCCGUAUGGAGUCGAAGAAGGAACGCCCUUCUCUUUCUCUGUAGAGGGAGGACGAAUCGCGGGGUUCAAUGGGAGAAGUGGAUGGUACCUUGAUUCGGUCGGAUUCCGUCUGUCUCGUGUUCAGUCUCCUAAACUCUUUCAGAAGGUGCAGAAAGGAUUUCAAAGGCUUACAAGUAGUGUCUCAAAAGCCUCUGCCUAGCCUUGAGGAUUGUCAAAUGUCCCCUUCCCUUUAACGCGCAGUCAAAAGUUCAGACUACCUUAUAUAUGUGAAUAUACAC